AUGACCGUAAACUGGCCACUGGCUGUGUCACUCCUGGGUCUGCUUGUGACCUCAUGGUACUACGUAAACAUGCUGACUUUAACUCAGCAGUUGCAACAAGCGAACACCCUGAAUGCAAUGCACGCAGAGUACUCCUCCUCAAAAACGCUGGAGGCGCUGGAGAUCCUUGAAGAAUUCAUUGACGAGAGGGGCGUCGUGAAUUAUGCCUUCGAUUUUUUGGAACUGAGGAAGAAGCGGGAUGCAAAAGGGCGGGCCAUUGACCGUGCAAGGCGUCAUCUGACCCAGUGGUUUUCACGCGUUCAGUACUUCUACGAGUUUGGCUACCUCAAGCAUGAAUAUAUCCUUCGAUUCCCCGGACCCGAGAGAAGCCGACACUUUCUGCACUUGAUAGAGCCCCUGGAGUUCAUUAGCAGGAGAGCCACUGGCAGGAAACACUCAGGCGUAUUUGACUUCUUGCGAGAAGUCUACCAAAUGCCCCACGUGCGCCUUUCUGACGAGUUCAGACAAACGGUGGAACGUAUGCUCCCUCUUCAAGGAGAAGAGGACAACGGUGAAGCUAUUUUGGACGAUGUGGGUGACGACCCCUUAACGGAUGGAGACGACAAAAAGAGGGAAGAGAUGUGA